AUGAGUGUGCCUUCUCUUGAAUAUUAAAAAUAAUAUAUAUAUUCUAUGCAAAAGUCAUAAUGCUCUAUAUAAAAUUAAUCUAUUAACAUUAUAGCUGAUGAGUAGUAAGCACCUUAGGAAAGUUAUUUAAGUAGAAAAUGUUAGAGACAUUUGUUUGAGACUAAGUGCGUUUAAUUAGAACUAGGACUCAAUGGAGACUAUUCCUUAUCUAAUAAUAGUUUGUUUAUUUAAAAUAACAAUACAGUUUUUGAUAAUUUAUAGCAGAAUACAGAGAGUAACAUUAAAUAAACCAAUCGUUCUAAUAAAGAAAGAUACGAAACAUAAAUAUUUGAGCAACAUCCCAUAAUUAAGAAUCCAAAAAAUGAUUAAGUUUCAAGCAUAAUGAAUGAAUAAGAAUAAAAAAAAUUUAUUAACACAGAUGAAAAUGUGUAAUAAACUGCAUAAGUUUCUAAAAAUAGUAAAUAAUCCUUUAAAAAUGGCAUACAAUAAGUCUAAACACUGAGUAUUGAUAAAUCUUAGGCCUCAAUUAGAGAAUAGAAAAAGAUAAGUGAUUGUAAUUUAGAUAAAUAGUUUAUUAAGGGUGACAGUCGAUUAGAUGAAAGUUCGAAGAUACCAUCAAAAUGCUGUGGAUGGAUACCAGAAGAUAUUAUAUUUGAAAAUAACAUCCAUUAAUUGAAUAAAAAAGUGACUCUUGUUGCUAAAAAUAACUUUAGUGAUAGCAAAAUAUAAAAUCACAAAGAAAAGAAAUACUAGUAGAACUUUUAGAAGGCAGCAGAAAUUGUAAAUAGACUUUUAAAUACAUCGAUGAAUAGAAUUAUGAGAGUAAGACAGCAUGUCAGAAAUUUUAUUAUGCUACUUAAGCUUAGAUAUCUUAACCGCAAAAUUGAUGAUCUUACUGAUAGGGAUUACGCAUCAAUUAAUGAUUUAAGCAAUUUUUAUAAAUCACAUAAAAAGAAGAGGAAUAGUAAAGCUUUUAUGAAACACUUCAACUUUGUAAUUAAGUUAAGCUAAAAAUUGCCUAUUUUUAUGCCAACUGACACUUUACGAGUUGUUUGGGAUGUCAUAUUAGUUUUAUUCACUUACAUUUUCCUAUAUUUUUACUCAAUUCUUAUGUUUUUUAACUAAGACAACCCUGAUACUGAAUUCAUAAAGGAGUUUUAUUUCUGCACAUUUUUUAUUUUUUUAAUUGAUGUUUUGGUCAAUUUCAACACUGCCUUUUUUAACAAAGAUUUAAUAAUAAUUAAUAGAAGAUAAAUAGCGAAAUAGUAUAUUUUUUCCACUGUUUUUUUCACUGAUUUCGUUAGCCUUAUUGUAUUAGGAAUCAAAGUAAUUAAGAGAAGCAAUUUCAUAGUUUAUAAUCCAAAUCACAAUUUAUUAACAUACUGCUUUAACAUGCUAAUAUUUUUUAAAGUAAACGGAAUUUCCUCAAAAAAAAAAGGAUUUGACUAUGUUUUUACACUAAAAGAAAGUGAAAAGCAUGUAAUAAAAUUAAUUAAUUAAUUAUUUAGUGUUAUCACUGUGGCACAUUUAGCAGCAAUUGGUUGGUAUUUUCUUGGCAUAUUAUAAGUUGUGAAUGAUAACUAAACGAACUGGUUAGUUAAAUUAAAUAUUUCUGAAGGUGUAUAUUACCAAAAAUAUAUAUAUUCUAUUUACUGGUCAAUAACUACUAUGACAACAGUUGGAUAUGGGGACAUUUCAGCAACAAAUUAUGGUGAAGCUUUAUAUAUUUCUAUAGUUAUGCUUUUGUUUAGUUGCGUCUUUGCUUAUUCAAUCAACAACAUAGGAUUCAUCUUAUAAGAAAUAGAAAAAUCAUCAAAAUAGCUUAAUGAUAAAAUAACUACUAUGCAGAGGUAUCUAAACAGAAAAAAAGUUAAUAUUUCUUUGAAGAGUAGAAUAAGACAUUACUUAUCGUUUUUAGCUUAGGAAUAGAGAGAUAGAGAUAAGCAGGCUGAAGAUGAAAUUAUUUCAAUUUUAUCAAAUAAAUUGAGAGAGGAAAUAACAGUUGAAAUAAAUUCUAAAAUUUUAAAUAAAUUUAACAUCUUUAGCUCAAAUUUUUCUAAGCAAACUUUGGAUAAAUUAGUAUUUAAAAUGACAGAAGUUUUAAUAAAUCCCAACGAGAUUAUUUUCAGAGAAGAGCAGAAUGAUGACAUGUCUAUAUAUUUUAUCUAAAGUGGAGUCAUUGAAGUCUAUUAACAAUCAGUAUAGAAAUAAGAUAAAGUAACUGUGAUUUAAACUCUAACAGAUGAGAGUCUAUUUGGAGAGAUCUCGUUCUUCUCAGGGUUAUCUAGAAAAGCUUCAGCUAGAAGUAUUAAUCUUUCUACUCUCUACAAAAUAUCCAGAGAAGAUUUUAUCUAUAUAAUUCAAGAAAAUAAUGAAGAUUAUGAAAGAUUUAAAAUGAUAUAGGAAUAGAUUGUUUUCUAAGGAGAGCUGCCUUUACUUCAUGUAGAAUGCUAUAAUUGUAAAAAAAUAGGGCAUAUUUCAAGCUCAUGUCCUAAAACUCAUCAAAUUUUUGAUAAGUAAUUCAUAAUUCUAAGAGAAAUCUACUCAUCAUUUCAACAAAGAAUCUUCUUUGAUCGCACCAGAUAUAAAAAUAAUUUAAAGCCACUAAAUUUGAUUUAGGACAAUCAAAAUGUAUGCAAGAUUCUUAAAUAAAAUUUAUAAGAUGACAACAUUUCAAUUGAAAUUAUGUUCGAUUCUUGCAAUAGAUAUACAGGAUCUUCUUAUUAUAACUCAGAAGAUUUAGAAGACGAUGAGUAUGGCUAGUGUGAUGAAUAUGCUACGAGCUCAAACUCGUAGACAAAUAUUGAUAACUUUUCAAAUAAGUCAUCUUUAAAUAACAUAAAAAAUAAUGCAUUGCAAAAAAAGAAAACUAUGAAAAAAAAAGAAGUGUCAAAAAAAUAUUUGGAUAAUAAUCAAAUUUGUGAAAAUAUAAGCUCAAUUCUUAACUCAGAUUAAUAUUGUAAUAGCUAAAAAGUUAUUUCAAAUAAUAUAAAUGAUAAUUUAGAAAUAAAAAAAAGCUAUGUUAAAAGUUUUAAUCUCUCAAACAGAUAAAAAUCAUUAGAUGACUUUGAAAAAAUAAAAAGUAGCUAAAAUUUAGAAUAAAAUAAUAAUUUUAACAACUCUGACAUAUAGCAUUCUAAAUCAUAGAUUUAAAUAAAAGCUGAUUCGGAGCAAUUUCAAUAGAAUAUUAAAGCUUAUUCCUAAACAAAUAAAAAUGAAGUUGAUGGAGAUUAGGAAUAAAGCAACAUUUCAUAAAUAUUUAAAAAAAGAAAAAGUUAAAAAUAGCAAGAGCAAAUUAAUAAUACAAACACUGAUAUUAAACUUCAAACAGAAUAUCCAAAAUAGCAAGCUAGAUUUUCAAGUACGUCAGGUUCAACUUUGUAAUCUUAGCAAUUGAAAAUGCCUUCAUAAAAGGUUUAAGAUGAGCUUCAAUUAAACAUAAACUAAAAUUUAAAAGGCUAAGAAUUUAAUAUUAAUUAGUCAAAUAAAAGAGUAAGUACACUCCUGAAUCAGAUAAGUAAUAACCAUAAUUAAAUUCUAAAAAAUUGUACAGAAUAAACUAAUUACAGAAACUCUAUUGAUUAAAUUUUACUAUAAGGAAUUUUAGUUAACAAUUUGAUUCAAUCUCAUUCCUCCUAAAAUAUUUUACCAAUAGAACAAUCAUUUAAGUAUUUGAAAAAAGCAGAUGGUGAUUUAGAAAAAAAGAAAAAUAGCAUAUUAUUAUAAAACUUCAGUCUAAACAACAACAAAAGCUCAAUAAACAUUACAAAAGAAUUCAUUGAAGAUUAAGCAGCUGUUAGCCAUAAAAAUUUAUCUUAAAUAAAAACGAAAUAAUCAAUUGGGAAAAGCUCUAUUCUUAAUGCUUUGAGUAACAUAAAUAAUAUUGAUGGUAAUACUAAUGAUUUAAAUAAUAAAAAUAAUAAUAGCAAAUUGUUAUAAGCUUAAAAUAGCUAAAUUACAAAUGGUAAUUAAUUAUAAAUAGUGGAUAGACUUUCUAAGCUAUUAUUGAAUCCAUAGCUUCCUCUAUUACUCAAACUCACGUCUGUAGGAAUGAGUUUUAGAGAAAUGAAUUCAAUAAACAGUAAUAACGCUAUGGAUAUGUUUGACAAGAUGCAUAACUUUAAAAAAUUUUUCCCUCACAACAACAUUGAAAAUGUUUUGAAUAAACUUAAAUUGUUGUAGUUAGAAUUAAAAAAAUAAAAAAAGCAGAAGCAAAUAAAUAAGCCUCGCCGCUAAAAUAUAUUAUUCUUCCGUUACUAUUCCAAUUGUGGUUCUUAAGUACAUGAUAAUUUAAAAUUAUUACAACAAGAAUUUAACAUCGAUGAUUACAGACCAACUUACCUUUCUUAUGGUGUUAGCAAGAGAAGAGGAUAACAAUUCCCAUGCAAUAAGCAUAACUUAACUUUAUAUUUUUGA